AUGGCUGGGAACAUAGCACCUCUCCGAAUCAAGAACAAGGACAAAUGGAUCAACAACGAGCGCCUCCGAUGGGCAAAAUACUUCAAUGUGCCCAUAGUGAAUACCGUCCCGGACGGCUUCCCAGCAAACACCGUACAGGUCAUGCGUACCAUCUGCGCCGUCAGCCACCUCGCCAACACCGACCAGCCAGCCCCAUCGCCUUCAUCCCCGCCUGCCCAGCAAGCCAUCAUCAAGGCCCUCGAUGCCGUCUUCGACGCCUACUGGGUCAAAAAGCGCGAUAUAACCGACAAGGACGUCAUAGCCGAUGUGCUCUCGCGCGCCGGGUGGGAGGACCUCGCCAAGGUAUCUGAGCUCACGGCCGGCGACGCCAAGCGGAUGCUCGCGGAAAACACAGACGGCGCGUUUGCGGACGGCGCUUUUGGGUUGCCGUGGUUCGUGUGUGAAAAUGAUCGGGGUGAGAAAGAGGGCUUCUGGGGCGUGGACCACCUCGGUGUGAUGUUGGACUUCUUGGGGCUGGAGAAGCCGGCUGCUGGUGGCGAGUGGAGGGCAAUGCUUUAG